UGCUGGGAGCAAGGCGGCCCCGACGGGGCACCCGCACGGACCCGCCUGCAGGCCAGGCGCCGCCCUGCUCCCUCGGCGGCCGCGGGGGCCCGGGCCAGCGCCUCUCCGCGCCCCGCCCAGCCUCCUCCCCUGCCCUCGCCCUCCGGGCUUCUUCCCUCCCCGAGGCGGCCGCGGCUCCUGCCCCAUCCCAGGCAGCGCGAGGGAGCGGUGCGGCGAGGCGAGGCGAGGCGAGGCGAAGAAAGAAUUUAACACAGAUCCAUGGACAUGCAGUCAAACAAGCCUGUCUCAGUACCUCCUGGUGGAUUUGUGAAUCCAGCUUAUCCACCAGGUUAUACAGGAAAUCAAGCUGCUUAUGGGUAUCCUCAGUAUGCACCUGGAACUUUUGAGGGUGCUCCUGGACAAGCUAACUAUGUCUUCCAGAGCCACCCAGUAGGAACUCCAUAUGCACCUGUGGUGCCCCCAGUCCAAAAUCAGCCUGUUGGGCCUGGUGGGGCACCCUGGAUGCCAGCACCACCACCUCCUCUCAACUGUCCUCCUGGAUUAGAAUACUUAAGUCAGAUUGACCAGAUAUUAAUUCAUCAGCAGAUUGAGCUUCUGGAAAUUAUUACUGGUUUUGAAACAAACAACAAAUAUGAAAUAAAAAAUGCCAUGGGACAAAGGGUAUACUUUGCAGCAGAAGAGAAUGAUUGCUGUACUCGCAAUUGUUGUGGACCAUCGCGACCUUUCACCAUUAAGAUUAUUGAUAAUAUAGGGCAAGAAGUGAUCACAUUGCAAAGACCUCUCAGGUGCUCUUCUUGCUGUUGUCCUUGCUGUUUGCAGGAGCUUGAGGUUCAGGCUCCUCCAGGUACCCCAGUUGGCUACAUUACCCAAGACUGGGACCCUUGUGUGCCUAAAUUUACUAUUCAAAAUGAGAAAAGGAUGGAAGUAUUGAAAAUCACUGGUCCAUGCAUUGUAUGCAGCUGUUGUGAAGAUAUUAAUUUUGAGGUGAAGUCAAAUGAAGAUGUAGUUGGAAGAAUUUCUAAGCAGUGGACUGGAUUUGUAAGAGAGGCAUUUACAGAUGCUGAUAAUUUUGGAAUCCAGUUCCCAAUGGACCUUGAUGUUAAAAUGAAAGCUGUGAUGAUUGGUGCUUGCUUCCUUAUUGAUUUCAUGUUUUUUGAACAAACUGGGAAUAAAAACCAACGAGCAGGAGUGUGGCAGUAAAAUCCUGUGUUGGAUUUGAAACAUUUCAACAAAGAGGAAAACUCUAUGCUACUUCAUAGUCUUUCCAAAAUAUGCCACAAGGCUCCUGUGCCUGAAGAUUUCAAAAUAUCUUGCUUGUUUGCUAUUUUUGUAAUCUGAAGAUUCUAUUAUAUAUUUUUAUUUGCAGUAUCAAAAUAAGUCUAAUUGUCUAACCAAGUCUAAUUGUCUAUGCAAAUCUUGUUUAUAUUUUAUAAUGUGAAGUGUAUGUCACACUUUACUGUGAAUAUGACAUAAGCUUUUCUCAAGAUUUUUGAGCACUUAGUAGGCAUUCCUCUUUACUACUGAAACAUGUAGUUAACUUCUGUUCUAGACAUGUGGUUCUGAAAAAACUUUCAAGAAUUCUUAUAUGAAAAAGAGCAUUUCAGGUGUGUGUGUGUGUGUGUGUGUGUGUGUGUGCACACGCGCACACACACACACACACACAGAACACAAAUAUAUUUUUCAUAAAAGAAGGCUGCACCAGACUUAACAGAAGUAUAGCGAGGGUCUAAUUAUUCUUCUAUAUGUAUCUACACGUCCAAAUUUGCCCAACAGUUGAUGUGUCUCACUGUGUUUUAACCAUAUACUAGAAAACUAGAAAAAUUAUACUAUAAUCCUUCAUCUAAUUCAUUUCCACAAACUCAACAAUUACUCCUAGGACUAGGGCAAAUACUCAUAUGUUGAAAGAAUAACAACACUAACUUAUCCCUCAUUGCUGUGAUCACAUCAUUGUUUCUCUACUACUUUUCAUGGCUAUUGGUGAAGCGAAUAGCUGUCUCGGGUAUAUAAGGGUUGAUGAGUGAGUGUGUGUGUGUGUGUGUGUGUGUGUGUGUGUAUAAACACACACACGCACCCCAAUUUUAUAUAUUUCUAAACAUAGCAUUUAGGUAUGGAAAUGGGUAGAUACAAUAAACAUAGGACCAUUCUGACAUCAUUUUAUGCAGUACUGUCAAUUUUUAACAUCUAGUUUCUGUCUUAUAACCAUUCUUGUAAACUGUGGUUUGUUUUUUUUGUUUUCUUUCUUGUGCUUUUCGGGAAAGACAGAGGUGGACAAAUUAAUAAUUAGCUUGCUCCUAACUUUUAUCCCAAAGGCGCAGGCAUCUGGGUUAUAGGGGUUGUCCUAAAUUAAGGAAAACAGUUUUCUGAGUGAACGAAUGUCCACUUAAGAUUCAAAGUUAUAGCAGGAUUUAUGAAUGCUGAAAUAAUCCUCACUGAUAACAGUCUGCAGUUAGUUGCACCUAAGCUGAUCUAAUGCCUUUUCCACUUUGAGUGAAGCUGCUGCAUUUGCAUCACUUCUAAACUUUGCCUUUCCCAUAUUAAAAUAUAAAUAACUUCUUCCGCUAUUGCUGUUGAUGUUGCCAAAACAAACCAGGACUGUUGUAUGAAACUAAGUUCUAGUGCUAAGAUACUAAGAGUAGAAUCUCCAGAUGUUGAGGAAAAUAUGUCUUUAAGUUCCCAUGAAGUUGGGGCUGAAACCCCUGGCAUCACUUAAAGGAGCUGCUCUAAAUCAUUCCAGAUGGUGUAUAGUCUGGGGCUGUUCUUUUGAUUGGACAUUGCUUCUCAAACCUACUUUCCUGCAAGAGGACUGGAAGUAGGAAUCCUGCCAACUUUUUUCUUUCUCCCUGCUGUCACCUGGGAAUUCUCCCUAAAUGAAAUUCCAGCUGCCAUCUACAGAAAGCUCUUCACCAGAAGUACAACAGAAGCAAUCAAAAAAACAAGGGUUUUGGUCCAUGCUCUUCUCUGAAUGUAAUAUUCAGAGCUAAUUUAGUAAUAAAGUGGGAAAUGCAAGCUUUGGGUCCUGUUGGAUUUCUCCUAAUUUUACUAAAAUGUAUUAUGAAGAAAUUAAACUAAUGCACAUCUACUCUGAACCAAUUAUGGGCCCAGUUUUUUUUUUGUUUUGUAGGUAGGUGAUUUACAGACUGUCAGAAUGUAAAUCCACCAUAUUACAUCAAGUUCACAAGAAGGUUUGUUUAUAUAUUGCACUUAUCCAAUUUUUUGUUUAUAUUCAAGUUCUUAUUAAAUUCUGCAUUUAUUUCUUCUGAUUGACUUUUAUCUAUAAUAUCUCCAAGAAAAGUACUAAAGGUUUUUGUUUUUCUUCCUUGCCUCUUGUGUUAAAAAUUAAAAAGGUGUUGCCUUUCUU